UUGUCCUCGCUGAGUGAAAGUAAAGCGGAACAGCACACCAGGGAGGAGGAAAGCCUUUUUAUAGACCUAGUACAGUAUUAUAACUCAGAAGUGGAAGAAGAGCAGCUCUGUUUGGCCCGCUGAUGGCUGAGCAGCUGAUGCAGGGGAGCGGCGGCGGACCCCCAGGCUUCUUCAAAUAGAAAUUGAAAGGAGGAGGAGGAGGAGGAGGAAGAGGAGCAGGAAGAGUAUGGAGUUAGAGUCAGCGUCGGUAUGCGAGGCUCCAUAGUCAGCAUGCUCGCGCAGAAGAGCGUCGCCCCUGCGCGGCAGGGUCCGGCGAGGAGGACGACACGCGAAGCGGCCAGUGGAACAAAUGUGGGCGAGAGGCUUAAAGCUGCCCGGGAAAGAAGAGAGGAGCAACAGAGGUUACUCGCCUCGCAGGUGCACACCAGGUAUGAGCGGGAGCAGCGGGCCAAGCUUCGCUAUGAGCAGCUGCUACAGGAGCGGCGGAAGAAGCUACAGGAGCAAAAGCUCAAGGAAGACAGGAGGCGCGCCGCCGUAGAGGAGAAGCGACAGCAGCACCUCAAGGAGGAGAAAGAGCGAAAUGAAUCUGCUGUGCGCCGGACCCAGGAGAAGAGCCAAAGAGGCCAACAGAACUUCAGCCAAAAUGUGAGAGGCAGGAAGACCGCAAAAAACGCUCCACGUCACAUAGCACUCAGCACAUGGGAGAAGAACCUGGUGUGUCGCCUGCUAACCCCCACAAGCGCUUAUCUGGCCCGGAGCAAGAGUGCCGCUGGUCAGUCAGGAGAAGAAGUUGUUCAUAUUUGUCGCCGUGCAGUUUCAUUUUACUCCACGACCAGUAGCAGCCCGAGCAGUACACCGCAGAAGCUCCACGACCCCAGACCCCAGAUCCAGAGGCCCCAAACGCAGAAAGCCAAAGAUCAAAACCCCCAGAUUGACAGACUCCAGAACCAAAGACCCCAGAUUCAGCGGCCCCAGAUCCAGAAACCCCAGAUCCACAGACUCCAGAAGCAGAGGCCACAGGACCAGAAACCCCAGGUCCAGAGACUCCAGAACCAGAAAUCCCAGAUGCAGAGAACCCAGAACAUGAGGCCCCAGAGCCCGCCAACAUACCUGAGUCCCAGCCACAGCCAAAGCAGAAGCUCCAGUGGUGUACAGCCCAAAGCAACCACACCACACAACGCUAAGAAGAAGACUCCAAACAUGGGUCCACAGGCUCGCUCGCCUCUAAACAAGAAUGCUGCCACUAAAACGAGCAGAAAAGAAUCAUUGCCAUCUCCAGAACGGGCUCACAAGAGAUCGAGCCGGCGGCACUCCAUCCCUCUUCAACUGGACCUCGAGUCGGUUCCAGAGGAAGACGUUCCCAUUGGCAACUCAGCUCUGUCACCCGGCAACUCCAGGCCUGCCAGGGCCUCCGCCGAAGACAAGAUGGAGGAUUCCUCUAAGGCUCUGAGCUCCGAGAUGGAAAUUGAAAGCAGAACUGCGGGUGAUGGCACCGAAGCCCUGCUGAGGCCCUCGAGUGGUACCACCGACCCAGAAGAGGCCUCUCGCCUGCUGACGGAGAGGAGGCGAGAGGCCCGGUUGCUCAGGGAGCUGGAGGAGCAGGAGCGCUUGGAGGCGGCCGAACCUGAAAGGCGGAGUCGCGAGGAGCUGGAGUGCCGCAGGGCUGAGGAGCGAGCCCGGCAGCAGGCUGAGGCCGGGUGUCUGAUUGCUGAAAAACAAAGAUGCGAGGAAGAAGAGCAUAGGCGGGCAGAGGAGGAGAGAGCUCAGGCUAUGCGGGAAGCGGCUCUUCUGUACAAGCAGAGGGAGGAGGAACAAGCCAGAGAGCGGGAGAAAGCGGACCAGUUGCAGAGGGAGCGUGAGCUGCUCUCACAGAAAGAAGACGCGGAACGACAAGUCAGGAAAAAGCGACUGGAGGAGAUCAUGCGGAGGACCAGAAGAACAGUUUCUCCUGACACGAAAUCAGGAACGGUGAACAUCUUACCGAAGGAGAACAGUGAGCCUCCUGUGCAGGAUGCCGUCAAGCUGCCGGUGGUUUCCAGGCCCUCGCAGACGGUCGUGGAUGACAAGGACGCCGAUGAUGACAUCGUGCCAGUGGUGGCCUUUAAGGAGCGCAGGUCUCUCCGGACUCUCACAGGUCUGGAAGACAUUCAGACACAGCAAAGAGCGGAGGUCAUCUGAGCUGAGACGUCUCAGCCAAGCACGAGGAAGUCACCAUUAUACUUUGAGGACUGCGAUAAUGGCCAUUUUCUUCCAUGUUUGAUUUGAAGGAAAAUGUCCUGAAGGCAGGGGUGUCAAACUCAUUUUCGUCGCGGGCCACAUCGCAGUUAUGGUUCCACUCGGAGGGCCGUUAUGGCUGCAGACCCAUAUGAAUGCCUCAUAUUAUUACAUAUACACAAAUUAAUGGACAAUUACUUUUGAAAUCAGAAGCCAGUAAAAACUGUUUGUUCACCUACAAUAUGAAUCCAUUUUAUUUUAAAAGGGUGGGUUGGUAACAAAAACAAUGCUUGCAAUAUCUCAAUAUUUUUUAAAAGUGAAGCCAAUUUGCAAUUUUGAUAUUAUAGCAAGAAACACAAAGUCGAUGCACACACUCUCGCGGGCCACAUAAAAUGGCGUGGCGGGCCGGAUCUGGCCCCCGGGCCACCAGUUUGACACCUGUGCCUGAAGGGAUCAAUUCAGCACAUCAACUUUAUCAAUUAACAGCAGGUUUUUUUUUGUCUUUAUAAAUCUUCACAUAGCAGUUGUGAACACUUUCGUCUCCUUUGUACUUACAAUGGCAACACACUCCUUGAUAUUUGUUGCUGUUCAAGCGCUUUUUGUGCAGUUAGAAUGAUAGCAUCCAAUCCUGUCUGUAGUGUGAGCAAACACACAUUUAAAGCUGCUAAAGAACCUUAAAGUAGUUCCCAAAGACUUUGCUUUUUUUAAGUGUUGGAUAAUGUAUUUUUGCACAAAUAGUAGUGGUUUUGCUUAAUAAUAACAUUAUAUACAAUCUUUACCAAGGUAGUUUAUUCUUGUUACAUAAAAGACUAUAUAAAAAACACAACAUUUAAUGAUGUUAAGUUCUUGUCGCUUGUUAGGUUUAAAUAUAUUGUACAUGUUAUGCUAUUUGUUUAAGGCAGCCAAUGUCUUUGUUGACUGUAAAUUAAAUUCACUACAAGAUGCCUGCCAAUAUUGUAUGUAAUAUGAAUAUUACCACUGCUUUAGCAUCCU